AUGAUGCUGAAACGACGGCGACAAUGGAAUCAGGAAUCUGACAGUAGCGUCGAUGGAAGAAGGGGAUCUGACAAGCGGAUCAGCUACCCCCGCUCUGAUCCCUGCCUCUUUCUGUCUUUUCCUCUCUUUUGUCCCAACGAUGGUUGGCGGUGUAACGACGAUCUGGAGCUUCACAAGGGUGGAGGAAUGGAGAAGUCCGGGCUUGUGGGGUUUCGGGUAAACCCGUUACCCGAGGUCGGGCGAGUGGCUGAUGAAUAUGUGCCCCUGAGGGUUCGAAUGUGGGUGAUUUCUCCGACCCUAGGAGGUCUCAAGGGCGAGGUGCGGAUGCUGGGAACCCGUCUCCGACCCACCCUGUUGCCAACCCUAUAG